AUGGCAAAAACCAUCAGUUUGAAAGGAAUUCAGCCGCAGAGAAGCUACUACGCUAGUCAAGAGUCAGUCGUUUCCAGGAGCCUUACUGCGCAUGCUUUUGCGCAUCGGGCGAAUAGACGUCUGCUUCUCUCUUUUUUUUUUUCUUUUUUUCAACUGUUCGUUCGUACGGCGCAGUAUUCCGUUUGUUCGCAAAGAUGAUUUAUUUAUCUUGAUUUAUCUUUCGUAUCGGAGAAUCGAUCCGACUGACAAAAUAAUCGUGCUGGCGAGAGAUAUAAAUGAUUAGUCGCGAUUCUGCUUGGUUGCGUAGAGUAAACGCGAACGCUCGCUUUUCUGCGCAUCAGCGCGAGUUUUGGCGGGUCGAUGCGCCAUUGUUGCCCCGGCGGCUGCGUCCGCUUUGUUUUCAUCUCUCUCUCUCUUGUUCCUGUUUCUCUGCCCGUACCGUUGUGGUCCUCCCGCUCUCGACGGCUCUCUCUCUCAUUUCACCAUUUUUCACUCGACGCUCUCUCACCCAACCACCUCUAGUCCUCUAGUUGUUCGUUAAUGAAAAAUAAUAAAUCCAAAACUAUUGAGAGAAAGAGGGAGAGGAAAAAGAGGAAAGAGAACGACGCGGGAACGUUACAAAAGCGACGAAUUCCAUUUUUUACCUCACGUUUGCAUUCUCCCUUUUUUUAAAACAAAAUGUAUUGGUUUUUCAGAUAAUCGCAAGUUGUUUGGUGAUGAACGCAAGAGAAAAACUUUACAACAAACUUUUCAACUUUUUAAAUCACCCUUCACACGGACUGUACAGCACAUUCUUGGUUUCCUUGCUACUUUGUAAUAAAAUUAUUAGUCCACUGAUUCUUUUUAAUAAGAAAUAAAUCGAAGAAUCAUAGAUUAAUGGAAAUCCGUGCGAAUAUAUCUUUCGACUAGACGAUCGUAGAAACAUGCGAUAUUUAAAUAUAGUAUUUGCAUGA